AUGAGGAUGAAUAGUGAUCUCAAAGAUGACAUAUCUACAUCAUCUCUAGACUCUAUAUAUUAUUCUCUUUUGUCAAAUUCACUAAUCUUUUACAGUGGUUUUACGUUGAUGCUAGUGAAUGAUUGCGAGUCUAUUGUCUUUCAGGUAGUUUUUGAUUAUGAUGAUCAAAUGAAGAUUCCUUUCUUUAGGGAUUUAAUAAAAGAACUGACGGAGGAGGCUGUGACAUUGAGGGCUGGAUUGAAUUGUGAAGUCAACCAAGAUAUGCACUUUCCGGUAUUUUUACCAAAAUUCCCAGGCAGGUUUUAUUACUAUUAUGGGAAACCAAUUGAAACAGAAGGAAGGAUGCAUGAAUUAAGAGACAAGGACAAAGCACAUAAGUUAUACAUGCAAGUCAAGUCUGAGGUGGAGAAAUGCCUUGCUUUCUUACAGGAGAAAAGAGAGAGUGAUCCUUACAGAAAUAUAGUGCCUCGGCUAGCCUACCAGUCCACUCAUGGGUUUGAUUCCGAAGUUCCAACAUUUGAAAUUUGA